UUCCCGUGCGCGCAUGCGCAGCGCCGGGCUGCGGGGUCUGUGCCGCACACAGCAUGGCGGAGCCGCUGCCCGCCGCGCCGCCGUCAAGCGAGAGCGGCCGUAAAGGGAAGCCUGGCUGCGCGGCAGCGAGCGGCGGCGGGCGGGGCAUUAUAAAGCAGUGAAAAGAAACUGAAGGAAGCAUUACAUGUCUUACUGAUCAGAAAACUGUUUGUGAAGUAUUUGAGCAAACUGCAUAUAUAUGUAGUAAAAUCUACAAAGGUGUGGAGAGCAUGGGUUAUGAUAUUGAGCGCUUCGUGGGCUAUGUUAAUGAGGGGCUGUUGUGCUCCAUCUGCCGAGACGUGUUGGAAGAUCCACUGCAGGCUCCUUGCGAGCACGCUUUCUGCACUGCCUGUAUCCAUGGGUGGCUUGUUCAUCACAGUAACUGCCCUGAAGACAGACAAGUGAUUGAUGUGUCUUUGCUACGACCUCUGUACAGAUAUAUGAAAAAUGAUUUAAACCGUCUUCAGCUACAUUGCAGAAACAGAGAGUAUGGCUGUGAAAUGGUUUGUUCUCUGGAGUCUAUAGACAGGCAUGAAAGGGAGUGUGAGUACAGUCAGAUACCUUGCUCCAAUGCUGGUUGUACCGUGCAGAUUGAGCGGCGGAACCUGGACGGGCACCUGGCGGUGUGCGAGUACCGGAGCCGGGAGUGCCCCAACGGCUGCGGCUACACCAUCCUCAGCGCGGAGGACACGCAGCACAACUGUGUGGCAGAGCUGAGGACCGAGCUGGAGCUGCUUCGGUCAGAAAUGAUCUGCAGAGUGGAGGAGGCAAAACAUGAGAUGGAGUCAAGGUUAGAUUCACAGAGAAGGCAUAUGGUCCAAAAAGAGAGUAUUCUGCAAAAUGAAAUUGAAGAACUAAAGAGUCAGAUGUCACGAAUGAUGUCAGAUGUGCGGUCUCUGAUGGCUGCGGAGAGGCAGCACCGUCAGGAGCUGGAGCAGGCAGAGCUGGAAAAACGAGAGUUGAUGGAGCUGCUGAAGGGGCUGCAGAAGGACUGUAGAUUAACCACUACAGAGGGAAGCAGGAAGUCAAAUUUCCGUCCUUUGACACGACUAGAGAGUGUAAAAAGAAAACCUAGGGAAGUUACAGUUAUCUAAACAGUACUAAGCUCAAAAAGCAUUCUCUUCAAAUACUGGCUUUUGGCAAUCUACUUUUGAAUGAUUGGUAAACUUCAUAUAAUUUCUGAUUUACUUGGGUUUUUUUGAAGUCUAAAUUACAACUGUAUUUCCUUUGGGGCCAUAAAAACAAACAGAAGAUUUUUUUCCUGAGGGAAUACUGGUCAUUAAAACCAGUAAUUGGAAGACAUAUUUUUAGCUAAGGUUUUUAUAAGAAGGGAAAGGAGACUUGAUUUGUUCUCUCUUUACUGCAUCACUUACAGGAAUCUUUCAAGACUGAAAGCUACAGCUUGUUAAAGUCAAAGAUAUUACGAACCAGGAAGAAAAAAACAUUUCAGUGUCUCU